AUGAGUGAAGAGCGCAGCCUGUUCAAUCCGCCUCCCGAGACCAGUAAAAUGAAGAGAUCGAACAGUAGCACAAGGAGUGUCCAUUCAGUAGCAUCCGUUCCCGGCUCCAAGUCGUCCAGAAGGGCACGAGUGUGGAGUCUCCUCGGCAGACGACGGAACGAUGCGCGAGCAGACUCACCGACGUUACGAUUCCCGAGAUUCUCGUCCAUGGGAUCGAUAGCAUCAGGCGAUUCCACCUCGACCACUUCCUCCGACAAAUCCACCACGUCGUCGAUAUCCACGGUCUCCAAACGCUCGAUGAAGUCCUCCCGGAGCACGCUGCCAGACCUGACCGAUCUGGACCUUUUCGGGGUCAAACUCCCACCAACGGAAGAGCAGCUGGCUCCCACAGCGCCGAAUGGCGUAGAGCUUGCAGGGCGUGCAUACCGGGUGCCUGAGCCGAUCGACAAAGAGUUCUACCGCGAUUUGACCAUGUUGGAGGACGAGGAGCUGAUCCGGAAGUACGGCCUUAUACAAGUAACCGACACGGAAGAAGCCGCGAGUGAGCCAAAGCAGUCGAAGCCGGAGAUUAGCAGAUUCGCGUACUUGGAUCCCUUCAGGUCGUGGUAG